AAUCAAGCCAUUCUUCUCCUUCUCUAAAUCACUCUUUUUUCUUUCCGUGACACGCGGAUACCUCUAACCGAAUCAUCCUCCUCUUCCGCAAUGUUUACCGGACUGGUUGAAAAGAUUGGGACGGUUUCGUCUCUCGAACCCCUCGAUACCUCAGUGAGCGGGGGCGGGGGAACAUCCCUGACCAUCACUGAUUGUGAAGAGAUCCUCACCGAUGUGCAUCUCGGAGACAGUAUUAGCGUAAAUGGAACCUGUCUGACCGUGACGGCCUUCGAUAAAACAUGGUUCAAGGUCGGCGUCGCUCCCGAAACCCUGCGCCGGACGAAUCUCGGAUCCCUUGGAACAAAUUCAAAAGUGAAUCUUGAACGCGCCGUGAAGGGCGAUACCCGCAUGGGCGGACACAUCGUCCAGGGCCACGUUGAUACAAUUGCGAAACUGAUCGCCGUGACGCCCGAUAGCAAUGCUUUGGUGCUCCGUUUGCAGCCACGGGAUAUGGCAGUGAUGCAGCAUAUCGUUGAAAAGGGGUUCAUUACCCUUGACGGGGCUAGUUUGACUGUCACGCAGGUCCAGGAUGGAGAGGAUGGCUGGUUUGAGAUUAUGCUUAUCGCCUAUACGCAGGAGAAGAUCGUGACCGCUGCCAAGCAGCCCGGGGACUAUGUGAAUAUCGAGAUUGAUGUUGUGGCGAAGUAUGUCGAGAAAAGUGUGCAGGCGUACUUUGCUACGACGGCGGGAGGCGAUAUGGGUAUGCUGGAGAAGAUGGUUUCUCGGAUUGUGGAUGCGAAAUUGAAGGGGUGAAUUUGGUGGAUGUGAUCAAACGAAAGCAGGCAAAUGUGGUGGUUACAAUAAGUAUUUGAUGAUGCCAGUGUAUUUAUUUUAUGAUGAUAAUGAGUGAGUGACCAUACGAGAUGUCUACUGUACUUGAAACUGAAGCAAUGGGGUAUAAUUUGGAGAUUCUAACGGAGGAAUGCAAAGCUAUUCAUUGCAUUACCGAGACCUGAUCCAACUGAUUGAUUCUG